AUGAUUAACCAAUCUAUCAUUACCGGUACCUUCCCAGAAAACUGGAAAUCGGCCAUAGUUAGGCCAAUACCUAAAACCUCGGAGCCUACUGAUUUAAAGGACCUCAGACCAAUUAGUGUUCUCUGCUCAUUGUCUAAAGUAUUGGAAAAGAUAGUCUGCCUCCAGCUGACUGCUUUCUUAGAAACUAACAAUAUAUUGCCGUACAAGCAGUCUGGGUUUCGAAAAGCGCGUAGCACCGCCACGGCUCUUCUUGAUGUAAUAGAUGAUGUACUUACAGCACAAGACAAAGGAGAGGCAUCCAUCUUAGUGCUACUGGAUUUCUCUCGUGCCUUCGACACCAUAAACAUCUCAUUGCUCUUGUCCAAGCUUGCGUACUAUGGUUUUGAUGAGGGAACAAUAAAAUGGUUUGAUAGUUACCUCUCUGGCCGCUCCCAAAGAGUAGGGCUACACGAUCUGCAAAUCUACAAAACAUUCCUUCCCCGAGAGACUCCAGCUGCCGUUGAGUUGCUGAAUAGGGAUCUUGCUCGUAUUGUCGACUGGUCUGGACAAUGUAAUCUAGUUCUCAACCCCAAAAAGUCUCAAUUUCUAGUGCUCGGUACCAAAUGUCAGGUUGAAAAAGUCGCCAGUUUGAACCCUGGAGUACUACUCGGAAUCGGCACAGUCUCGUGCGAUUUCUUACGCAACAGGUCGCGGUGGCUGCCACAUGGUCUCGGCAUCUUCGCACCCUCUCCAUACCACAUAAUAAGCGAGAUGCUUCAACUAAGGAGGCUGUUUGUCCUGGCGACCAUUGUGACCUGUUGUCUGCAGGCCCAAGGUGCCGACAAGUACACAGACGAGAACAGACCCUACGAGUUCGGCUUCAAUAUCGAUGGAGAACAACAUCGACAUGAGAAGAAAGACGAGAAUGGUAUCAUCAUGGGCGAAUUCGGAUUCAUCACGGCAGAUGGCGUUUACCAUGUAACUGUCUAUGCUACUGACGAAAAUGGAAAUUUCAAGAUCCUGUCUAUGAAGAACAUUCGAGUCAAACCAUAUCCAACGUCACCUGAAGUACCUUCUAGAAAAGGCAACUCUCUACCUUUCCCGCCAUCGCAACAAGCGCCAAUAACCCAGGGUCCCACUCCCCAGCAGCCGAAACCAAACCAGCCCUCUAAAUCCUGCUCACACUGUAGCUUGCCUGCAACCACAACGCAAGCGCCAAAAUUGACAGACGUCGCGGUAGUUUCUCGGGAUCCUCUGCCAUCUUCUGUCCUGGGAACAAACCCCGCCACCCCACCGAAGUAUCCUCAGGCAGCUGAUGGCUUUCAAAACUUCCCGCAAGGACACCAAAAUCUUCCAACUCAAGGAGGCGCCGGGGCGGCCGCUCCCAACUUCCCUCAACAAGGAUCAGCCGGUGAAACAAACUACCCAGGACGUGGACAAAAUUCCCAACCGAAUUAUCCUCAGGGGCCAGGCUUACCCCAACAGGGCCCCAAUAGUUAUAAUCCUCAAGGACAAGGCCCGCAAGCCGGGCCGAAUUACCAGCAACCGGGACAGCAGUAUCCUCAAGAAGGACAAAACUACCCGCAGCCAGGACAGAACUAUCCCCAAGGUGGACAAAACUCCCCACAAUCUGGACAAAAUGUGCCACAAUCUGGACAAAAUGCCCCAUCAGGCAACUUUCCUCAAAGACCAGAACAAAAUCUUUUACCUCCGUCCGGAGAGAGAAAUCCAAAACAAAUUGAGUCACGUUUUGGUGAAACGCCUGGAGCCCAAAAUAACCAAAUUGGCGCUCAAGGUCCUAGCAAGCCGCAGCUUAUUUCAGCCCAAAUGCAAAUCGUUGAUAAGAACACAGAUGUAAAUUACAAAGCUCCUGGUGAAAGGCAAGGACUGCCAAACGGAUUGACAAAGGAUGAUAUGACAACACUUUUAUACACCUUUAAUUACACGGUCGGUUUCCAUGGUCACCACGAGGAAGGCUACACCAACGGUGCUAAGAAAGGUUACUACUAUGUUACUGGUAGGAACGGAGUAAGGACGAGAGUAGACUACGUGGCCGAUGAAAAUGGAUUCCGCCCUAAGAUAACCCAAGAAGUACUCGAUCUUCUCUCGGAAGACGUGCCUAAGCCAGAAACUGAAAAAGAUGAAAAAUAUGGCCUUAAAGGUUACGAAUUCAAAUGGCUUUACUAUCCAGUUGACUCCAAAACUCGGUAGAAACCUAGUUUUGUAUUUAUUUAUAUUUAGUUUAAAUACUAACUUACCAUAUUAGUAUUAUAAUUAGGGUACAUUUUUAUAGAUUGUAAUUUAAGUAUGUAAUAAAACUUAAUAUAGCAACUGAACUAAACACUGCCAAGAGAACUGCCACAUAGGAGACAUAUCGUACAGUCGGUACAAUAAGGUAGUGAACGUAUACCCACCUACUAACCUAUCCUAUUGUAUUAAUGAAAUAUUGCAUAUACCUACUAUAAUUUAUUAAUAAGUUUUAUAUAAAACCUUUUUAUACUAAAAUUGACUUU